UCUAGAAGAGCAUGGUUAUUGUCAACAGUGAGGAGGUAAACGUUUAUACCCCUACGAUUACAACAAAAGGAGUUUCAUUCAGGGCUGUUUCCAGAGAAUGGCGAAAGUGAUUCCAAAACAUAUGUGUGCAGUGAACAGGUAUUGUGGUCUGUAAACGGUACAUAUUAUAUAUGUCCUAUUGGGAAACUGGAUUUCUACCCAAAUAACUUCACAUACUUGAAAUUCUAAAUCAAUUCUACGACGUGUGCACAGGGAGCUGGAAGUGUAAACAGUUAUCCCCCCACCCGGAGUCCCGCGGUCUUUACGGAGCAUGUUAUAACCAUCCAGGAGUAUGUCAUCGUCUGCUACGGCUAUGUCUAGGUUAAACGACAAAGAUAGAAAAUGGUGCACACAGGGGAGACAACUCAGUCUGUAGUGGACACACUCUUCAAUAGCAGUAGCUUUAGCAACACUAGUGUCCAGUGGCCGGAGGAAGAGGAUGACCGAUCAGUUCUAGCCGUGAUGGGGAUGCUGGCCUUCUUUAGUGUGAUAGGAACAGCUGGAAAUUCAAUGGUGCUCUACGUGUAUGUUCGAAAACGGCAUAAGUUGGCUGCCACAGUUUUUAUAAUCUCCCUAGCUGCUACCGACUUCAUGACUAGUCUGGUGAUUGUGCCGUACACUAUAGCAGUGGAAUAUCUUGACUAUUACAUACAAUACGACUUCGCAUGUAAAUUGUAUAUGUUUUUCAUCACUUCCAACGUUCCAUUCGCGGCUUUCAUCAUGGUGGCGAUAGCGUUUGACAGAUACUUGUGUAUUUGCCAUCCAUUUAUGCACCUAAUGAACGCUAAGCGUGCCAAGCUCACCCUUCUUGCUCUAGCGUUAAUGUCGUUUACUCUCGGGAUCAUCACAUCACUAAACUACGGUGUAUACGACCUCGCCGAAGUAGAUCCCUGUUCGAAUCCAUUAUCAGACGAUGGCAGGAUAAACUCGUCAGUUUUUAAAUUAACAACAGGAAAUAUUCACGGUAUCGUAUAUAACACUUCAUACAGCGCGGAAUCUCCAGGGAGAGGAGUGCCAGUGAGGUUCGAUAACAGGCAUAGAUCGUGUGUCAUGUACAAUAUCACCUACACAGGACGCUGUGUCCCUAACGAAAUUGUGUUUUCAAGGCACUUUAUUACAAAUUAUCAGAAAGUGUACGCCACUUUCUUUUUAUUAGCGUUACUGGCUGUAAUAAUAUUAUACGGUAUGGUCUACCGGUCAGUGCUGGUCAGAAGGGCAAAGAGACGACGCCAGAGGAGGUCAACCCGAACGGUGUCAUUGACCAAGGACUCCUGGUUCAGUGAAUACCGUCAGUCCCAGGCAAACAUUCCGAAACACACUACUGAAAAUGGUGAGGAAAGACACCCGGAUGUAGAGCUUGCACGACAAUUAACGAUUCGAGAGAGAGGCUUGGUUGCUAACAUCCGGACAGCAGCCAUGUUAUUUGUUGUGACCGCUAUGUUUAUCAUUGCCUUCCUGCCGGCCUGGCUGAUGGCACAUGAUGUUAUAGAUUACAACAUGAUUGUGUUUUACAUGUAUUUUAUAUAUAACGUGGCCAACCCUAUCAUUUACGCCUUCAUGAACAAAGCCUUCAGACGUGAUUUAAGAGAUGUGUUUGACUGUAAAGCCAUCCUCCGGGACUUUCGUUGAUUAGUAGGGGAUGAUUGUUUUUCUCCUAUCCUAUUAUUU